CACUGGAAGCGAGCGCGCUCGCAGAAGCAGCACGCGUCCUCUCUCUGCAGAGGAGAUUCGGCGUCUGCGUUGCGCUCGUGCAGGCCCUGCGUAUUACGUCACCACAGAGACCAGCAGCGAAUCCCUACGCAGAAUUGCGCAGCGGAGUUGCGCAGACAUACUCAGCACAGAACGCAGCCAUUACUAAGACCACCACAACAGACAAAUUAAAGAACGGUUUGUUGAUCAGAACAGCAACAAUACAACAGAAAGGCCGGAAACAAUUGCCUUCACGUGAAAAAAAAAUCUUCCUAAUUUGAAUUAUGAUGGUGGAAAAAAAAUAAGAUCGAGUGCGCAGGGGGAAAACUUGUAGUAAAAACUAUCCACGGGUUAGCUAGCUAGCAAGGUAAAGCAAGAGGUGCGUGGUAGAGCUAGUUAGCUAGACUAGGAAGCCUACAUGCCCGCAGCAAAUUAUCAACGUCUGUGGUGAAUAUUUCUAAGUCCUGCAACGAACGACUGCUGUUUAAUAAGAUACGUGCAUCCAGCUAGUAAGCUACUUAGCCAGUAAAAGAAUGAACAACAUCCAGACAAGUGAAUCGUCCCUGGCUGGGAGCGAAACAUCGCAGCUGUGCAACAACCAAGACGAAUCGUCGCAGCUGUGCAUCAGCCAGGACGGUUCCGUGCUCGCAGACCCCGGCUCCGGCGUGUCUGAAGGCGAGGCACAGGAGCACCUACUACAGUCUGUCCAGAUGUCCAAUGCCGCCGCUCCCAUUCUCCUAUAUCCUGUUAGUGCUGACAGAGUUAUUUCCACUACUUCUUCAGACGGUAAAACAAUCUUCAAGAUUGCCCCAGCUCCCCUGCCGAACGUGAAGCUGUCCCCGGCGGCGCCGCCGGAGAAGGUCUCCACCUCGGAGUUCAGCUACCAGACCAUCGUGUACCUGAUCGAGGCGGUGGGGCGGCGCUGGAACGUGUACGGCUCACGGGAGCGGGCGCAGCUCUUCCACAGCGUGCAGAAGGAGCUGGAGAGCCAGGGCCACGUGCUGCCCGUGGAGAGGAUCCGCCGCAAGUGGAACAACCUCAUCGUCACCUACAAGAGGGUGAAGGACCGCAGCCGGGAGACCGGCCAGGCCAAGACCUCCUGGGAGUACUUCGAGAUGAUGGAGGCUAUGCUGGGAGGCACCAUCGGCAGCCAGAGCACGGCCAACGCCUCGGCCACCAUGGUGGACAUGCCCAACAUGGCCAAAGGGACGGUGUCGGCGGAGCAGCCCCCGCCAAGGGGCGUCGGGAGCGUGGGGGCCAAGCGCGGCCUGCUCUCCGGCGGCCUCAUCACCAGCUGCGCCCAGAUCCCCACCCUCAUCCCCUCCUCCCUGCCGCCCCCCAUCACCCUCAACACCGCCUCCAAGACCCCCAGCAACACGGACGCCCGGCACCCGGCCCCGUCCACCUCGCCCCCGCGCAAGUCGCCGGCCAGGCUGGGCCGGCUGCGGGUGCGGCAGAAGCUGCGGCGGGCGCCGGGCGACGCGGCGGCCGCCUCCUUCCUGGCGCAGCAGCACAGCCAGGCGGAGGAGCGCACGACCCUGCUGCGCAGCUUCCUCAGCGGGCAGGAGGAGCGCGGUCGGCUGGAGGAGGAGCGGCUGGGCCGGGCCGAGGCCCGCGAGCGCCGGCGCGAGAAGAGGGAGGGCCGCAUGGUGGACGCUCUGGGCCGCAUGGCCACCGCCCUGGAGCUCAUCUCCUCCAAGCAGGACACCAUCAUCACGCUGUUGCAGAGGCUGGCCGACAGGCAGUGA